GUCUAUUAAUGCGAGUGGCGCGUGUGCGCGCCACGUGACCAGCGCGGUUUCACAGCAGGCUUGAGCUGCAUGCUAACUCACUACUGCAGUCCACUGUCGGCUCUGGACGCCUGCGGCUUCUUCUCCCAUUCAACCACCCAGAACUGGGAAUAGAUCUAAACAACUAUUCCCUGAACGUUCUCCGUGUGCCAGACCGGUCCAAAUACCCUUAUCAAAUGGAUAAUGGGGACUGGGGGCAUAGGAUGACUCACCCAGUCACCUUAAAUGUUGGAGGUCACCUCUACACCACUUCAAUCGCCACGCUUCAGCGUUACCCAGACUCUAUGCUCGGGGCCAUGUUCCGCGGCGACUUCCCCACCACACGGGACACCCAAGGAAACUACUUCAUCGACCGGGAUGGGACACUCUUCCGCUACAUACUGAACUUCUUGCGCACAUCUGAGCUCACCCUACCAGGUGACUUCAUGGAGAUGGACCUGCUUCGCAAAGAAGCUGACUUUUAUCAGAUUGAGCCCUUAAUCCAAUGCCUCAAUGACCCCAAGCCGCUCUACCCUCUGGACACCUUCGAACAGGUGGUGGAGCUGUCUAGCACCCGCAAACUUUCUAAGUACUCAAACCCUGUAGCUGUUAUCAUCACACAGUUGACCAUAACCACCAAGGUUCACUCCCUGCUGGAGGGAAUUUCCAACAACUUCACCAAGUGGAACAAACAUAUGAUGGACACAAGAGACUGUCAGGUGUCCUUCACCUUCGGACCAUGUGACUACCAUCAAGAGGUGUCUCUCAGGGUUCACCUCAUGGACUACAUCACUAAACAGGGGUUCACAAUCCGGAACACCCGAGUGCACCACAUGAGUGAACGUGCCAACGAGAACACAGUGGAGCACCACUGGACUUUCUGCAGGCUGGCUUACAAAGUAGAAGACUGACAAAGCUCAGAGCUGAAAACUGCUACAUUUCCCAUUCGGUUGCUGCUGAUGCCAAUGCUAUAACUUAAUUAAGCUGUAUAUAUUUUAAUGUUUGUUGUGUGACCAAACUCAUUAAUGAGGGGAAAGGGAAAAAAAGAAAGGGUGACAUCAGGCAACUCAAUGUUAUACAUCAUGAAAGCAUUUUUUUUUCCUCUUAAAAUCUUUCUAGGUUGUACCAAGGAGGUCGACAUGUUUAAAUCCAUCCCCAGUAGGUAAAUUAGUCUACAAGAAGUAUACAAAUCUUCAGUCAUGUAGUCAGUAAAAACAGGCACCCGAUAAUUGUUCCAAAUCACUCUAGACACAAAUGUGUGCACGAUGUGCGACAUCAAGGUGUUGAUUGCAUGUGUGCUUCUAUCAUAUACCUGAAGUAUUAAAAUAUCAACAUGUCCAAAUGAAAA